AGCUGGGAAAUACACAUACACACUAGCGUGCGCGUGCACACACACACACACAUAUACGCACACACGCACACACGACAACAGAACCAGAACACCCUCCUCUGGACACACCCUACUGGGGAUCACUGCUUCUCUUCUCUCUUUUUUUUUUUUAUUUCCGAACCAUCGCCCACGCCGCACAGGGAGAAAUCUCUCUCUCUCAUCCUCAUCAUCAUCCUGAAGAAAAUCCCUUUCUCCUCAUUUUCACUCUGCUUGAGGACACCUACAAUCACACGGGCUGAGAAUCCCUGAAGACCAGCUUCUUUUUUCCUUUUUCUUUUUUUUUCUUUUUGUUUCGGAAAUCGACGUGUUUACCCAAGCCAUACGUUUAAAAGAAAAAGCAAAAAACAGAGAGAGAGAGAAACCCUUCCAGCGAGCCUGAAGACGACCUGCACAUCGAAGGAGCUACAUCACUAUCCACUUUAUACAAGAAUGGUUACUAUAAUCAGCACCAUGGAAACUCAGGUGUCCAACGGUCCGAGCGGAACCAGCAUGCCCAACGGCCCGGUCAUCAGCACCAAUGGUGCCACAGAUGACAGCAAGACCAACCUGAUUGUCAACUACCUGCCUCAGAACAUGACCCAGGAGGAGUUCAAGAGCCUGUUCGGCAGCAUUGGAGAGAUUGAGUCAUGCAAGCUGGUCAGAGACAAAAUCACAGGUCAGAGCCUGGGCUACGGCUUUGUAAACUACGUCGACCCUAACGAUGCCGACAAAGCCAUCAACACGCUCAACGGUCUCAAGCUGCAAACGAAAACAAUCAAGGUGUCCUACGCUAGACCCAGUUCAGCCUCCAUCCGCGACGCUAACCUUUAUGUGAGCGGCCUACCGAAGACCAUGAGCCAGAAGGACAUGGAGCAGUUGUUCUCCCAGUAUGGCCGUAUCAUCACCUCCCGCAUCCUGGUGGACCAGGUCACAGGCAUAUCACGAGGUGUGGGCUUCAUACGCUUCGACAAGCGGAACGAGGCUGAGGAGGCCAUCAAGGGCCUAAACGGCCAGAAGCCCCUGGGCGCCGCAGAGCCAAUCACUGUCAAGUUUGCCAACAACCCUAGCCAGAAGACAGGCCAGGCCCUGCUUACCCAGCUCUACCAGACCGCCGCCCGCCGUUACACCGGACCCCUGCACCACCAGACUCAGCGGUUCAGACUCGACAAUUUACUAAACGCCACCUACGGAGUCAAGAGUUGUCCAUCUCUCUUCCCCAGGUUCUCGCCCAUUACCAUCGACAGCAUGACCACACUAGCGGGCGUAAACUUGACGGGUCCCACCGGCGCCGGCUGGUGCAUCUUUGUCUACAACCUUUCUCCCGAGGCCGACGAGAGCGUCCUGUGGCAGCUUUUCGGGCCGUUCGGCGCCGUCACCAAUGUCAAGGUCAUCCGCGACUUCACCACCAACAAAUGCAAAGGCUUCGGCUUCGUCACCAUGACCAACUACGACGAGGCGGCUAUGGCCAUUGCUAGCCUUAAUGGUUACCGCCUUGGUGACCGUGUGCUGCAGGUCUCCUUCAAGACCAGCAAGCAGCACAAGGCUUAAGGUUCGGUGGGCGUGGCCUGGCCUUUACCACCCCUUUUAUAUCAAAGGGGGAGGGGUACUAAGCUUCCACGCACAUUCACUCCACAUGGGCCUGGACUAAGUCUCUCUUUGACACAUUUAUCACACGCAUCACACAAACACACACUUACAGAAAAACGCUCUCUCUCUCUCACACACACACACACACACACCCACACCCACACACACACACACACACACACACACAUUUAGCCAGAGUUUCCAAAAAUGACAAACACAUGAGUUUUUUUUGGUUUCUCUUUACAUGACAUGCGAAUCCUUCCCUACAUUUGCCUGGAUUGAAUUAGUAGAAAUGGGAACUCGUGUGAGAGGGUGGGGUCGUUUCAGUUUUGGAAGACACACAGUUUUAAUGAAUGUGACGCAGAAUGUUUGCUAAGUGCUUCGGUUUAAUUCAGGCAAAUUAGAAGCAUCACUGAACAAAAUUAAUCUUUUAUAUAAAUAUAUUACCGACUUACCCAAAUUCUUGCCCCGGUAACUCUCCUGUGUUUAUGGAGAACAUGUAGUCACUUUUUUACACUCAGGCAUUUUGAAUCAGUGGAUUUUUUUAGAUUUAAGAAAAAAAAAAGAAUAAAAACAGUGUUCUCUCAUUCAUAUAUAUAUAUAUAUAUAUAUAUAUAUAUAUAUAUAUAUUCAAUAUUCAAGGUGGUUAUAAUAGCCAAGUAUGUAAGCAUUUUCUAGAAUUUUUAUUACGGUUUCCUGGUUUCACCGAUGGUUGCAUUCUAGCUUUAGGGCACUGUACCUACCCCGUUAAAGGUCCAAAAUACAACAGCCAAAUUAAUAAUGUGUGCAACAGCACACACAAGGCUGAGGAAUAUCAGAAGGUCAUCAUAGUCAUACAGGCAUCAUAGACACAAUCACCAAUACAAGCAAACACACACACACACACACACACACUUCAACGUAACAACAGCCGAGAUCACAAAGUAACCUAAAAAUGUCCCUGUAUUUUUUUCCCCACUCUAGUGUCUAUAGUUUGGAUCAGCUGUCACUGGGAGCAAUCUGGCAGUGUACUUGCGGUCAUUUGCGGACGUUUGCGUAAUUAUUUUUAAAAUGGCAAGGGGGUACUUCUAGAAUCGAAUCGCUUUGUACUAUAAGAACAAGCGAAUUCCAAAAGUUUAACAUCAGAACCGAAACCUGAACCAUGAGGCUGCUUCAGCUUCGCUUUAAUAAUAAUAAUUUAAAAAUAAAAGGGACUUUUGUCCAAAGUGUAACCUUAUGAGGAUCACAGAGAGAAGGGUUUAGUCGCUGCUACCCUUCCUCCAUGUAACAACCCUCUGGAUCGAUGCACCAAUGCAAUCACUCCUUCUUAUCUCCCAACCUGAUAAGCUUUGCUUUCUCCUAACCCGGUCCUCAUGGAAACACGGCCCAGAUAUUCCAUUCCAGUGUUCAUCUAAAGGCGGAGUCACCUGAUCAGUCACAUGAUCAGCACUUCAAUCACCUCCACUGAAUAUUUAUUAAUCCCCUUUAAAAAGAUGCACUGAACGAUGAUGCCCACAUUGCUAAUAGAAAGUCGAAUGCCCAUAAAAACAACUGUUCCAGGGAGAGAGACGUUGCUGUAAAAAAAAUACAAAAAUACAAAAAACAACAACAAAAAAAAUAAACAAACAUGAGAAUUUAAUGAGAAUGAAAGAGAAGGGUUUAAAAAAAUAAUGUGCAUUUAAACCGAAUGACAUUUUGCUUUUUCUUGAUAACGCUGUGUUAGCCAAAGAGGACAAUGAUCUCUUUGAAAAUAUGGAUUACAUUAGAGAUUAAUAUAUUUUUAUAUCUACAGAAAAAAACAAGACCUUGUGCAACAUUUUUACAGAUUCUUAAAGUGUGGAAACCUUUGGGACUCACCGCAUGGCUUUUAUUUUUUUUCCGACUUUUCAGCUUUUAGGGGAGAGAGCGCCUGACUCUCUGCGGUGUACGGGAGGGGACUGAAGCGUUGGGGACUUAAAUAAACGUACAGUAUGUGCAGUGAAAUCAUUAAAUAAUUAUAAAAAACAAAACGACAAAAAAAAGCAAGCAAGCUCGCAUUAUGCUAAAAAUCUGAAUAAUGAGACGGAUAAAUGUACGCAUUAGGAAUGAAAGAAGUUUCUCAGAAGUUGCUUCAGUGCAGUGAAACCCUGCGGUAGAGCGAGGAGACGCUACUGAACGAUCUGCACUCUGUUCCACAAAGGCUCGAUAUCUGCAAACCGAUAGUGGCACUUUUCUAUCCAAACAUCUCAUCGAUUUAUUUAUUUAUUUAUUUAUUUCAUGAGGUAGUCUAUCGCCCGUACCGACCGUGUUCAAAGCACCAAAGAACGUAUUCAGAUUUAAUUUCCAUAUUCACACAGGAUACACCAGAGCUUACAACUGGCUACUUAUAUCCUCCAGUACAUCAUAUCACCACAACAGCACAUAAUCCAUAAUCACCGUCUGCUACGAGAAUAUUUAUUAUCUCCGUAAUAAUUAUUAUUAUUAUUUAAUAUCAUAGUCCAGGUGUUGAAGGCCUAGUCAUCUGCUAAUUACUGAAUCUGCCUUGUGCAAGUCUUUGGCCCUGCACGACCUGACCUGCUUUUAAACAUAUCAGAUAUGAAUAUUGCGUUACCAUGUUCCGAAGUUGACCUUUAACCUUCACGGCUGAUUUUGCGCUUUAUAUAUAAGCACUAGCUAACUGUGGAGUCACAGCUUUGUCACUGAUCUCAUCAUCCUCUCCACGCUCACAUUACACCUAAAUGUAAAUCCAUGCAUCGUUCCAUCACAGAGCUCCGUCACUCUCUCUGUGUGUGUCUCUGAAAGCUUCCACAAAACACAUUUCUUUACAUAUUAUUCAAUUCCAACUCAAUCCCAUCAAAAACCUGUCAUGCAAACAUUUCCUAGCCAAUUUAGCCCGCUCUGUUGAAUGGGGUAUUUGCUGAUAAAAAAAAGGCACGAUCGCCUUGAAAUAAUAUCUCAAGCCUUAGUAACAGGCCUUACGCAGUUUUUUGACUUCACUUCACAUGUAGUGCCAAGAAGGCUAGGGAGCGACCGACCCGGGGCCUGAUGUGUAGUGCACUUGGGAGGUAGUAUCUGGAGAAAAAGUAAGAGCCCUUAGUGAGCCAGCAAUCCCAGCGAUCUCUGCCCCGCCCCCAUUCUCACCCCCCUCAUCCCCACCCCCCACACACACGCCCACGCAUACACACACAGGCCCACUCUCUCCCUGAAACUACAGUAGAGAGCCAGAGACAAUACACAUACUGCACCGCUUGAGCAACAAAAUACAAUAAAUCGUUUAAAAAAAAGACAAAAAAAAUUCCUAUGGAACAGUAAGUGCAAUGUGCGUCGUUUUUAUAUUGACUCAGAACAAAAGAUAUAUAUAUUUUUUAAAAAAGAAAUUAAACAUCACAUUAAAGUGGUUUGCAGAAUAGCGAAAAGGAUCAAACGUGAUAAACAACACAGGAAACAAAUAAACAAACAAAGAAACAAAAGUGUUAACGAAUUCAUUAAAGGAAUCGAACAAACACCAAGAGCUCUGAUCUCGGAUGACGUUCAUUAUCCCUUCCUUAGCCCCAGAUUUAGUGCUCUGACCAUGCGUGGUAAAGCGAAACAGCCGGAUGUGGUACGGAAAAAGAGCAAUUCGCAAAAAUACCGUGAAAGGAAUCCUGUCGAAUAUUUCAUCAGUUUAGCCCAUGUCGAUUUCAAACUAUCGUUUUUCUUUUUUUUUUCUUUUUUUUUUUGUAAUUUACUGAUUUCUUUGACAUAUCAGGAUCACAUGUUAACUUAGCGUAUUCGUGUCGUUGACGUUGCCAUAGAGAACAUACAUGGGUUGAAUAUUUCUUUUGGUUGCUUAUUGGGUACGAUUUAUUCUAUUUUUCCAUGAUUUAAAAUUAGUUGCUGUUCCUACAGUGUAUGCAGGUUUUAGAAUUAGUUAGGUUUUUUGGUUUCAAUCAAACUGUGCUCAGUUGUGUUUGUAAAAGUCUGUGGUAGCUUUUGUUGCAACAUAAAUAAUUUAAACAAAAAAAAAAUUCAAUAUAGCGCCAACGAACUUGUAUUAUUUGGGCGACUUUAAGCUUGUAGUUUUAACUUAUUGUUAACUUAAAAACUAUUUAUUCUCAUUAUUAUGAUUAUUAUUAUUAUUGCCUCGUAUAAAAGUAUGUUUUGUGUAUAUUUAUGGUUUAUUUCAUAUUUGCAAGUUUAAACGAACUUUAAUUUUGCCAAAUGUGGAUACACCGUUUUUUGCUUUUUUCUUUUCUUUUUUUGUUUUUAUGUUUUCCUUUCUUUCUAAAAGGGAACAAAUAGAAUAAAAAAAAACAGCUUUAGAAUUAAAAUUUGGAAAAGUUCUCCAUAGGCAAAGAAUGCACUGCUAUAUUAAACUAACUGAACGUGUAAACAUACAUGCUGUGUUCUAGAUGUUAUGCCUUUACUGCCUGUGUUCUGUUUGUCUUGUUAAAUGAAAACCUUUUGAUUAUUUGCUCUAAUCACAGUCUUGUUUUAUCCAGCCACAUUCAGACCCCCAGGAAAGUCAGGAGGAAGGGAAGGGAGGGGAGAUAGAAGGAGUGGAAGUAAGAGGAGGAGACUGGGGGAUGUAUUUGAGCAUGCUCGUGCAGAACCUCGGUCUCUAGCUGGUUGAAUAGAUGAAGCCUGAACUCCAGGAGCAGGGCAGUGAAAGAGACAGAGAGGCGGGGCAGGGCGGGGUCGGUGGUUCCUCUGUUUCUCAACCAAUUGUAUUUUUGUAUCGAUUAAUUUAGAAAGGGAUUCAGAGUUACUUAGCAAUGUUCUUCGUACACCAUUUCUCAUGGUACAAUAAUACAAAAAAAAAGGAUUAACCACAAAAAGCCUCUGACAUCAUUGUUCGAGGACUAAAAGUCAAAUCUCAUAGUUCCAAACACAACCAAACAACCAACGAUGUAACAAAAGGAAAAAAAAUUAAAUAUAUCUUUCUGUUUAGUUUAGGAUAUUUAUUACUGGGAUUACAGCUGAAAAACGCUUGAGGACUUUUUCAUGGAAUUAUUUAAUUAUUUGUACUUUACAUGCCAGAAAAAAAUAAAAUAAAAG